AUGGCACCAUCAAAGUCAACAGUCAAAGUUGUUGAAGUUUGUAAGGUGGCUCCUGCUCCACCUGCAACCUCCGGUGCCAUUAAUCCUCCAAAGUCUCUCCCUCUUACUUUCUUUGACCUUCCCUGGUUAAGGUUUCCUCCGAUUCAAUACCUUUCCUUCUAUAAAUUUCAACCCACCGAAAAUAAAAUCGGAUGUCCAAAUUCAGAUACGAAAUCGUUUUUCAACUCGGACAUUCUUCCAAAACUUAAAAACUCCUUAGCACUCACACUCCGGCAUUUCCUUCCUCUUGCUGGGACCCUCACUUGGCCUGAGUCCUCUCGCAAGCCCAUCGUUGACUACAUUGAAGGCGACGCCGUUUCCGUUACGGUAGCUGAAUAUGAUGCACAACAUGAUCUUGAUUUUUAUCGUCUCUCUGGAACUAAUGAAUUCGUCGAAACAACAUCAUUCCACCCUUUACUACCCACCUUGGCAGUGUCCACUGAUCGAGCCGCGUUGUUGGCAUUGCAAGUUACUCUCUUUCCAAGCUGUGGAUUUUCCAUUGGCUUGACCAUGCACCAUGCACUUCUCGACGGCAAGACCAUAUACUUGUUCGUUAGAUCCUGGUCUCUCAUGUGUCAGUCUCUUGUAUCUUCGUCCCAGGAGAAGUUUUUCCUGCCACCGGAGAUAAUGCCAUUCUUUGACAGAUCCGUCAUCAAGGACCGGUCCGGCCGGCUUGAAGCAAUUUACGCAAAGCAGUUGUUAGAACUAGACCGAGGACCGAACAAUAGAAGCUUAAUGUUUUGGGAACUUAGGGAAGUGCCGUCCGAUUCUGUUCGGGGAACAUUCCAACUGACACGUGCAAACAUUGAAAGACUGAGGAAGCAAUUAAUUGCGAAGUCCACGACCCAACAAAUACGUAUUUCUACGUUUAGUAUUGCAUGUGCCUAUGUUUGGGUUUGUUUAGUAAAGUCAGGAGAAAUCAAUGACAAAGUAGUGUCUCUAAACUUCCACGUGGAUUGCAGGUCUAGUCGUUUAGAGGCUCGUAUACCUUCUACUUAUUUUGGGAACUGUUUUACGACCAAAGCUGUAGUUACUGAAACAAAAGAGCUUUUGGAGAAAGAUGGCUUAGCGGUGGCAGUCAAUUGCUUAGCUGAAGCCAUUAAAAGUUUGGAGAACGAUAAAAAUGGAGUUCUCAAUGGGGCGGAGUGCUUUCUUUUUCAAAUUCUGACUGUGUCGUUUUGGCGUAAUACAAGCGCCACUGCAGGAAUUAGACUUUACAACAUUGCAUGGUGGGUUGUUAAAAUUAUAAUGUCGUUUUUGCUAAGUGGUGUAACGUUUUCUGAAUUAUAUACCGUUGGGUGCAAGAUUUUAAGACUGGUGAUGUUCUUUUGGUGUACUAGAAGGGUAGAAGACAGAUUAUAUUCCGUUGCGGGGUCGCCCCGGUUUGAGGUUUACACCAUAAGUGAUUUUGGAUGGGGAAGGCCAAGAAAGGUGGAUAUGGUUUCCAUAGAUAGGAGCGGAGGAAUGAGUCUUUCAGACACUAGAAAUGGUGAUGGGGAAGUUGAGGUAGGGCUGGUUUUGGAGAAGCAUCGUAUGGAAGCGUUCGCUACUCUGUUUGCUCAGGGUCUUGAGUCUUGA